AUGUCUCACACUCUCCCUCUUCUUCCUUUACCUCAAGGAUCCGUCCUGCUACCUGGCAUCACCCUUCGUAUACCUGUAUCUGGUCGCUCGGAUAUACCUGCACUCCUAUCCGCCAUAUCUUCGAAAGACAAGCGCCCCAAACAGGAUGCUCGGAACAGAACAGUUGGCUGCGUGCCCAUCACUUCUCCGCUCUUGCGGGCUGAUGGCUUCCCUUUGCCUGAGAAUGAUCUCGACGAGACUCGGGCUUCACAGAUAGGAGACGUUGCAAAUCCCAGUCAAAUCGAUCAUCGGAGGUUGUUCAUGUAUGGAACAGUUGCUAAGAUAAUGGGGGUUCAAGGGAAAGGAGCCGACGAUUUGGCAUUGAUUGUGGAGGGCGCCAGACGUUUUAGGAUUGACAGAUUUGUUCAAAUGAGGCCAUACUUUGCGGCUGAAAUUGCAUACAUCGACGAGGAGCAUGAAACGAAGGAAAUCGAGGGAGACGGCCAACAGACAAACGCCAUGGCCUUUGAUAAGCUGAAAGAUUUAUCUCUAGAGCUGCUUGGUCUUAUUAGAAUGACAACCUUGUUUCCCGGAUCUCCAACAGCGUUGUCGCCUUUCCUGACGCGCAGGCUAGAGCUCUUCGUGAUAAGGAAAGAAAUACAUGAUGCAGGAGUCCUCGCGGAUUUCAUGGCAAACGUUGUUGAUGCAUCUCUCGAGGACAGGUUACGUGUGCUGGCUUCGAUAGUUGUGCGCGAAAGAAUGGAAUUGAUGAUAGAGCUACUGACAAGUCAAGUUGAGAGCAUGAAGGCAAACAACAAGAUCAUAAUCACAACUACCAAGCUGUCGCCGAGAAAUAGUGAACCCAAUGAUACCAACCAGAGAGACAAGGAGGCUCUUUUACGGAAGUUCUUCAGUGGUCUUGGUGGCUUCAAUCCAGCCAGUCUGGCAUCGCCAGGACCCGGGGAUGCAGGAGCCGGAGACGAACCCAACGAAGUGGAAGAGUUGAAGACAAAGAUUGAGAAGGCCAAAUUGAGCCCGGAAGCUCUCAAAGUCGCAGAGCGAGAGCUCAAACGGCUCAAGAAAAUGAAUCCUGCACAAGCAGAAUACGGAGUCUGCCGAACGUACAUAGAGACGCUGUCUGAGAUACCGUGGACACUUGGCACACGUGAUAAGCUAGGUCCCGAUACGUUGGCGAUAGCACGCAAGCAGCUUGAUGACGAUCAUUACGGGUUGCAGAAGAUCAAAAAGCGGUUGCUAGAAUACUUGGCCGUGCUUCGGCUCAAACAAGCUGUCAAUGACGAAAUUGAUGCUCAACUGGGGAAAGCAAAAGCCGAAAGCUUGCCGACUGAAAGCAAUGGUGAUAUCUCAAGCGUUCAGGUUGACCAGUAUCCAGCUGAUGUUCAAAUUCUCCUCUCGAGGCGUCGUGUGGACAAAUCUCCCAUUCUUCUUCUUGUUGGUCCACCCGGCACUGGUAAAACAAGUCUCGCAAAGUCAAUUGCUACUGCUUUGGGCCGGAAAUUUCACCGCAUAUCUCUUGGAGGUGUCCGCGAUGAGGCAGAGAUUCGGGGACACAGAAGGACUUAUGUCGCUGCAAUGCCAGGUAUGAUUGUAAGUGGGUUGAGGAAGGUUGGAGUCAACAACCCAGUAUUUCUACUUGACGAGAUCGACAAAAUCGGUGGUGGUAGCUUUCACGGCGACCCAUCAGCGGCAAUGCUUGAGGUACUCGAUCCGGAGCAAAACCAUACUUUCAAUGAUCAUUAUGUCAACGUCCCUCUUGACCUUAGUAAAGUCCUCUUCAUCGCCACCGCAAACACUCUCGACACGAUCCCUGCACCUCUGCUCGAUCGAAUGGAGACUAUAUCUUUGAGUGGCUACACUACCAUAGAGAAACGUCACAUUGCCAAACAACAUCUCAUUCCAAGGCAGAUCAUUUUGAACGGCCUUAAUUCUGAACAGGUCCACCUUCCCGAUGAUGUUGUCGAUGCGAUCAUAACCCAAUACACGAGAGAAUCAGGUGUCCGAAAUCUUGAAAGGGAAUUAGGAUCUGUGUGUCGCUACAAAGCAGUCGAAUUCUCUGAUGCUAAAGAUACAUCUUCAUUUCAAAACUACGAUCCAACCGUUUCAACUCUCGACCUAGAGGAAAUUCUUGGCAUAGAGCGCUUCGACGAUGAGAUAGCGGAGAAAAGAUCUGUGCCAGGGAUUGUAACAGGUCUUGUCGCAUACAGCACCGGCGGCCAAGGUAGUAUCCUCUUUAUUGAGGUUGCUGACAUGCCAGGUUCAGGGCGUGUGCAAUUGACUGGGAAGCUUGGGGAGGUGCUCAAAGAGAGCGUUGAGGUUGCGUUGACGUGGGUGAAGGCACAUGCACUUCAGCUUGGUCUGACGGAUGACGCAUCUGAGGAUAUCAUGCACAAUCGUAGCAUACACGUGCACUGUCCAAGUGGUGGUAUCCCUAAGGAUGGACCGUCGGCUGGACUGAGCCACGCAAUCGCUCUGAUAUCUCUGUUUAGCGGCAGGAGCGUCCCUCCUGAGAUCGCUAUGACUGGGGAGAUUAGCCUUCGAGGGAGAGUCAUGCCAGUGGGGGGUAUCAAGGAAAAGCUCAUUGGGGCAAUGCGCGCUGGGGUCAAGACGGUGCUCCUUCCCAACCUUAAUCGGAAGGAUUUGAAGGACAUACCGCAGGAAGUCAAGGAUGGCUUGGAGAUCAUACAUGUGGAACGUAUAUGGGAGGCCAUGAGGCUUAUCUGGCCAGACGCGCACUGGCCUGGAGAGCAGCCUAUUCCAGCAAUUGAGAGCAGGCUUUGA